AUGGCAGAUACAAAAAAUACAAAGCUCGAAUAUCUUCGUGGUACCUGUUUUGGGUGCCGGAAAUGUUUAUAUUGUGCUGUGGAUUUACGCACUAAUAUCUGUGGUUGCAAAUUAACUGAGGUGCCAACAAAAAAAAACAGGACAGAUUCAGUCAAACAAGCGUAUACACGCUCAUAUGAACCUACAUGGGCAGUGCCCAAAUUUGAAUAUAUUCAUGGAAAGUUUUCCGAAUAUAAUUAUGAUAUAGAUUUGAAGAUAUCUUUUAAGUUUUCUCUGUGUGGGCGAUGCCACAAUAUCUUGACAAAAUUAAGUACUGCAAAAGACAAAAAAAACAUAAUUGAUACAAAAACUAAACCAAAUACUCCUCUAUCAGUUGUAGAAGUAACAAUCGAAGAUGAAACUAGCAGUAAAGAUGAAGAACCUGCUUUCAAAAUUGGUUACAAAUUAUUUGUGAAAUUAUCUGAUGGAACUUCAUUACCUGCAAAAUGGUUUGAAGAAUCCAUAUCAGCAAUAGAUGAAUUUCUUUUGUCUAUUCAUGACAAAAUUAUUUUGCUAACACACGAUACUACAAAUGAUUAUUGUGUUACUUUUAAAACACACAGAGAAGUAGGCUCUGGAACUCAAUUGAUUGAUGAACAAGAUUUUGUCAAGUUUAAGGCCGAAUAUGUUAAAUUAACUGUGAAAAAAAAUGAUAUUGGAAUUUAUGUAACAAUUACACCAUCCCAAAAUAAGCGAAAAAAAAAGAAAUUGAAUUUGAGCGAAGAUGAAGAAGAUACCGAAAGAUCAAAUAACUACAAAAAAACCAAAAAAAUCAAUCGAAUUCCAAAUGCUGAAUCUUUAUCUCUACAUGAAAAAAUCAUUGCUGAAAAUGUAUCGAAAAUUAGAAAUACAUAUCACUGCAACAUACAUAACAAACCUUGUUUAAAUAAAGAAAAGCAUAAGGACUUGCACGUUGAACUUACUUUUUUAAUGCUUUCAAUUUGGGCAUCAGACAUAAAUAAGGGAUUGGCUACAAUCGAGGAUCUCCCAACACAUUCUCUUUUUUCUCAUAAUAAUAUACUAUCAAAAAGAAAACAAUCAUCAAGAUUACCUUAUUCACAUUCACAAGAACUUCUAGAAAGAUCACCACAAACACAAGAACCCUUAUUUUUAUCGUCGCCACCAUUAUCACAAGUACAACUGGCACAACAAUUAUCACCACCAUUGUUACCAUCACAUGGCAAUUGGGUUUAUGGAUCUCAAAUGCUUCAAUCAUAUCAACCUUUACUAUCAGCUCCGUAUAACCCAUAUCAAACACUAUCACAUAUUCCUCUACAUCCUCAAGUUAUCCGAUCUAAUUCAAAUAUUUCUUUAACUAUACCUACUAUGGUAGAGUUCUUAAAAGAAAUUGAUGAGAAUGAAGGAACUGGCCAUCAUUACCAAGAUUUCUUAAAUAAAUUUGAAGAACAAAAAGUCUUAGUAAAGCAUUUACGAAGAUUAACAGAUAAAGAUUUUGAACUGUGUGAUAUAAAAACUAUUGGUGAACGUGAAACUUUACGCGAAUAUGCUGAAAAAUAUCAACCAAUUAACCAAUCUUUCUAA